AUGCGCAGCUUUAUUGAUACAAGUCUGGCCGAGGGCACCUACAGUCUUACUGGUCUGGACGGCCAAAUCCUCCUGUCCAACGCCACCGAAAUGGAGGUCCGCAGCUACUUAAAGGAGCACUUUGCACUUGACUAUGCACGAGCACACGCCUCGACCGCGCCCAGUACUUCGACUACAGCCUCCACAUCAGCGUACGUUUUUUGA